GCGUAGCGACAAAGACAGCGAGCCCGAAACCUAUGGGGAAGGAAUAAAAAAAAGAGAUUCGGUAUCGUCUCACUCUGUACCUAAAACCCGCCGGCCCGGAAGCCUCGGCGAGGACACCGACAUUUGACAGCAACGAGGGCGGCCUUUGAUUCCGAAUUCGUUGAGGAAAACUGUGACAACUGGCGGAUUUUCCGUUGGACGGUCCGCAGGCUAGGCUAUAGCGAGGGAGCCGCCAUGGCAGUCGGGUCGCCGAGCCUCCACAUCGGGAUAUGAGGAGGAACCGCAUGUGUCCCGAACCGUCGAGGGAAAACCGCCGCAUUUAGACCGCAGAACCGCGCCGGGACCAGCCCUGCUAGCACCCGAUCUCACCCUUCUUUUGUGAAGGAGGAUUCUGCACCCAGAAAGCAAUCGGGAUUGGUUUUAUUGGAGGUGGGGGCGGAGGAGAAGGAGGGGGGGCGCACACAGGGAGAGGCCAGAUUCAUGACUAUUUUAGUCGGAGACGUGUCUUCAAAAGGUCCGCCGAGAGCCACAAACGGGGAUUUAAGGAGGAAAAAUGCUGCUCUGAUUGUCCGUUGACGGGCAGGGAAGGACUCGAUUUUGUUUAGGGUGGUAAGAACGUAACGUUGGCAGGAUAAAGGGAUUAUAGUGCUUUUCAAUUUACUCUCAUCCUUCCUUCGGAUGAGAAGGUUCGGACAAGCGACCAGUGCUGCCGAUUAGCAAGUCACAGUCUCCCAAGUCAAGAGAGAGAGAGAGCGAGAGCGAGGAAGAACGCGAGAGAACCGAAGGGAUCGGAUCAUGUCUGGUCGGCCCAGGACCACAUCCUUCGCGGAGAGCUGCAAACCAGUGCCGCAGCCCUCGGCAUUCGGCAGCAUGAAAGUCAGCAGAGAUAAAGACGGCGGCAAGGUAACAACAGUGGUGGCCACACCAGGCCAGGGCCCCGACCGGCCACAGGAGGUGAGCUACACGGACACCAAGGUCAUCGGCAACGGCUCGUUCGGCGUCGUCUACCAGGCCAAACUCUGCGACUCCGGAGAGAUGGUGGCCAUCAAGAAGGUCCUGCAAGACAAGCGAUUUAAGAACCGCGAGCUGCAGAUCAUGAGGAAGUUGGACCACUGCAACAUUGUCCGCUUGCGCUACUUCUUCUACUCCAGUGGAGACAAGAAAGAUGAAGUGUAUCUGAACUUGGUUCUGGAUUAUGUUCCCGAGACGGUCUACAGAGUGGCCCGACACUACAGCCGAGCCAAGCAGACUCUGCCCAUGGUUUAUGUCAAGUUGUACAUGUACCAGCUGUUCAGGAGUCUGGCCUACAUCCAUUCUUUUGGGAUCUGUCAUCGGGACAUCAAGCCCCAGAAUCUGCUGCUGGAUCCAGAGACCGCUGUGCUCAAGCUCUGCGACUUUGGCAGUGCGAAGCAGCUGGUCCGCGGGGAGCCCAACGUGUCUUACAUCUGCUCUCGCUACUAUCGAGCCCCUGAGCUCAUCUUUGGCGCCACCGACUACACCUCCAGCAUAGACGUGUGGUCAGCUGGCUGUGUUCUGGCGGAGCUGUUGCUAGGACAACCGAUCUUCCCCGGUGACAGUGGAGUCGAUCAAUUGGUUGAAAUAAUCAAGGUUCUCGGGACCCCAACCCGGGAGCAGAUCCGUGAGAUGAACCCCAACUACACCGAGUUUAAGUUCCCCCAGAUUAAGGCACAUCCUUGGACUAAGGUGAGUCAACAGGUGUUCCGGCCGCGUACGCCUCCGGAGGCCAUCGCCCUGUGCUCCCGCCUGCUGGAGUACACGCCCACGGCCCGCCUCACCCCGCUGGAGGCCUGCGCACACUCCUUCUUCGACGAGCUGCGCGACCCCAACGUCAAACUGCCCAACGGGAGGGAGAAGCCCUCUCUCUUCAACUUCACCACCCAGGAGUUAUCCAGUAAUCCCUCUUUGGCCUCCAUACUCCUGCCUGCCCACGCCCGCAGCCAGGCCGCCGCCUCCACCCCAACCAACACCUCUGCCACCACAGAUGGCAGCAGCACAGAGCGAGGUCCCAGCACCACCACCAACGCCUCGGCCUCGGCCUCCAACUCCACCUCCUGAACCCACAGACGCCCCCGCCCCCGAGUCUCAGCCCCGGCCCGCGGCCUCUCCAUCGCCCCGGCCAGGGGGUGAGCUCCGCUCAAGCUCCGCCCCCCCCGCUCUCCUCCCUGACCGCAGCGGAGGGAUGCUAACGCUGUCCGGGUUCAACGCCCGGCCAACAGCCCCCCACGCCACCACCACAAACACAGCAUCCCCACUCCCGCCUCCUUUAUCGCCCACCGGCCGCUCACCCGGCAUCCAACUCUACUCCAUCCUCCGUCAGAGACGCCUCUCUGAGCCCUCAACGGGGAAAGAAAGCGCAGGGCCACAGCUGUUGUUGACUGUACUAUUGAUAAAAGUACAGUGUACAUGUAUACACAAUGCUAGCCUGCUAAUGUUUGUAAGAGGACAAUCUGUAGAAAAAGUCCUACGCCCCCUCCCCCACCUACUCCCUCCCCUGUGUCCUCUUCCACACUGUCCCAUUCUUCUGCAUAUGUGUCUCCUGGCCGAUCCCACCUCUGGUUCCUCCUGUAGUGCAUGGCCUGAGUAUGGUUAGGAUCACCCAGGGGAGGGGGGUCAUCCGCCCCUUUCACUUCUCAACUCCACCUCUACAGACAAGGCAUGAGGCUCGCGCACGGGUACACAUACACACACACACACACACACACACUCAUAAAAACACGCACAUGGGUGCAUGAUGAUCCUGAUGUAUGUGGAAAGAAUCAGUCCACUUGUGUGGGUAAAGUUUGGACUUUAUUUUUGUUUUUCUUUGCCUCGGGUUGUUUUUAAAUGGUCAGAAAAGCUGUUUUACUCGACCUUGUUUUUAAUUUUUGUUUUGUACUCCUAGGCAGAUGUUUUCGGAUUGCCAUGUGCAAUGGAUGUGACGUGUAUCUGGUCCUGUGUGCUUGUAUAAUAUAUACAUACAAGAACAAACAUGCAUACAUACAGUUUAUAUAUUACUUUUCCUUAUGUAUAAAAGUAUAUAUAGAUAUAUGUAUAUUAACUGCAAUGAUUCAGAAAUCAUUUAUGGUGAGCUCAUAUCUGGCUGAGCAGUGGCAAUAUUUGCCGCCGCCUAAGGACAAUAGAUGUAGACACGGUGGUGUUUUUGUUUUCUUUGCUGGAGUGAGGUUAGAUUCCAGCUGUCUCAUCCAUGUCUCUUUUUAAGGCUGUAGAUGGACUUCUCCCGUCUUCGUACAUGUGCUGUCCCGGUCUCUGUGAAGAACUCAAGGCGUUUCUCCAUCCUUGUCUUUCCUCGACACCUCGCGAAGCCUCGGCGGUGGUCGCUCGGCUCGUCCCCGGCUGUCUCGUGCGUUGUGACCACUGACUGCAGUGUUAGCGUAGCCUUCUUCCUCACCCGCCCGCCGCACAUAGAGCCGCCCGGUACAGUCAGUCCAAGCGUCGUACCCACAGAAUACUCACUACGUUAAAAAAUAAUAAAAAAGAAGAAAUGAAAAAAGCAGAAUUUGUAUAUACAGUAUAAAUGCGCCUCACCAAAAUUCUGACAUGUAUGACUUGUAUGUUUCUUUUUUUCAUGUUUUUUUUUUAUUUUAUUUUUUUAUGUUUAAGGUAUGUAUAUCUGCAGACCCAUGUACUGUUUAUGAGCAAAAACAAAGAUGAAAAAGGGUAGACGUGAAAAAAAAGAUUAAAAAAAAAAACGGCAUCAGGGCGAACUGAUGUUUGUGGAUAUUGUAGAGAUGAUGAUGAUGAUGAUGAUCAGCUUUAUCCAGCCAUAUGUUCAAUCUUACCUGUACAGUAGAUGACCGCUGUAUUAUUGUAACAAGAACUAGUCAUGUAUAGUGUAACUAUAGUUUGGAGUGCCUUUGCUUUCAUACACCCUUCGCCUUGUUUCCCUCCUCACCCAGCCGCCAUCACCCUCUCACCCCCAUUGUGACUCUCCCUUUGGUGCUGUUGAAGGUCCUGCUAUCCUGCAACACACACACACACACACACACGCACACACACAAAUUCUGUACCCACUUGAAUAUCAGCUCCCUCCAUUUGCACCUCUUUCCCCUUUUCCCAUUGCACAUUACUUGUAAUAUACAGACAUUGUUAAUUAUAAGGUUUUUGUUUUUGUUUUGGUAGUUUAUCUUGGGAAACAUGUACGCACAGACAUGUACACCAUAGUUGUGGCAUGGGCUCCGGGCUGUGAAGUGAGGCGGGGGGUCCUCCUAUACAGUGUAUGUGACUGUAUAUACACAGACAAUAGAGCACCGUUCCUGUGUUAAUCACAGUGUUGGUUCUGUUACCAAAGCCAAACCAGGAUGUAGUUGUGAUGAGCCAUCCUCCUCUUCUCUCUGGAUAUGUUGUUAAUCUGCCCUCUUGCCUCUUCUCCUUCCUGUCAGCAUCCUUGGCCGGUGGGAGGGAUUCAGUAGCACCGAAGGUCGAGUCAUGUAGCCUCUCUUUCUCCUGCUUGCUGUAAUUUUGCAUUCAUAGAUGUGUUGCUAACAACCACAGAAAGGUUUGAGCACCUCACCCUGCUCCUAACUCCACUUCAAAGCACCACAAAGGUUCCCAAAACAAGACAAGCAAGCAUACAUGCUAGUAUAAUAUAUUACUAUAUAUUAUAUAAUACUAAUAUAUAUAUUACUAUAUACUAGCAUUUACAGUAUGCUACCUAGGGAUAAAAGACAAAUCAUGGAAAAUACCACAAAAGCAUCCUGUAUAACAGUACUACUACUUGAAUGCCUCCGUUUGUGACUGAAAUGGUUUCUUUUUCUCUUCUGUUCUGUGAAGGUAAGCUAAAUGUGCACCUCUGUAAAUAUUCCCCUUGCGUGCUCUGAGGAAUAGUUCCCUGGUACUGUAAUUUGCAUUAAAUAAAGAGUAGGAUAGCCUGGAAAUGA